GAACGUGUACAUUACAUGUCAUCCGAAUUACUUUUUAUGCUCGAACGACUUUGGUGUAACGAGCGCGACCUGCCCGGGUUCCAGCUGCGCGACCCUGGCUGCGAGUACCUGGCGGAGAAGGGGCAGCUGCGCGUGCAGGUGGAGUGGGAGGAGAGCCACCUGCUGUUCCAGGCCACCUACCACAAGUACGACGACGUCAGCAGAGUGCACAACAUCCAGAUGAGGCGCGAGAUCGUGGCGCUCCAGGCCGAGAACUACUCGCUCGAGCGGCAGCUCUUCAGCUACCAGAAGUCGAUCGCCUACGCGCACUCCACCCGGAACACGUACAGCGACGACGGCGCCACGCCCGACGGCCGCGAGCGCGACAUCGAGGACGACGAGGACGGCGAGGGGCCCUACUGCGACGAGCGCGCCUACUCGCUCGGGGACCGUUCGCUGUCGACGGACACGGAGUACGCCUGAGAUCUGGCGCCCGCCUCCUGGGGGCAAGGGGGAGCCCCCCUGGGGGGCGGGACAGGAGGCGGGCUGGGGGGCGGCGGCAGCCCCCACCGGUCGCCGGCAGCGGGCGUGGUCCCGGGGGCGGUGCACAACCACCACCGACAGCACCGCCGCUCCGCGGACUCGACGAACAGCGACCAGGGACGGCCCAAGGUAUGGGAGCGGACCGAGCUCGGCGGCGUUCGUCUAACGAGGGAUCGAGCUACGUGAUUCACCCUGGGGCUGUGGGUGGUGCCUUUGUCAUGACCGUCUGAUCGCGGAGGAAAUAUGUCGCGGGUGUGUCCGCACUGUGUUGACGGAACUCUCCUCCACGAUUAAACGUGAUCGUGAUUGCAAUACCGCACCCCCCGGAAACCACACCGCUCGAGCAUCCCUUAUUUCCAUCAUUUUGUCUUUUACUUAACAUCUUGUCACAGGCUUUCAAGUUUUGACAGUCUACUCACAUUUUUGAGGGUUUCUUGGGAACGGCUGGCUCUUCUGGUUCAUAUUUCGCACUUUCUGCUUGGGAGUGCGAGCAACAUAUUCAGGGCACUGUCCACUUCUCAAAGUCCCGAGCUGUUUAGCAGUUUUAAAUCUUCCCUUUCUGCCUGCAAAGGAGAACAUUUUCUUUUUCAAUCGAGAAAAAAUGAUUUUUUUCCCCUGUACGUCCCACAAUUCUAAGCGUGGUAUUAGUAUGUAGUUUCUCUCUUCUAUUUCCCGUUACUGCUGUACUCUCUUUCCGGCAAAAUACCUUUAUUAUCUUCCGCUCCGCCUUCAGUUUCACGUCAGUCUCUCCCUGACUUACCUCGGCAUGUUCGGUGUAUCGCCACACCCUUCAAGUUCGAUACACCGACGUGACUUGAGAGUUUGGACGGCGGGCUUGGCCUGCAACAGGGGACUGAGCUUUCUCUUUCACGCGCCCUUCUUCCGUCUGUCUUCUUUGGAUGUCUUUUGCCUGCUUAGGACGGGGAGCCAAGCUUGUGGAGUCACCAACGGAAUCCAAUCUAAUUCACUCCAACUUGGCAGAAUGCUUGGACAAAGGAUUUGCAUGUCCCAGCACCCGAGCACACUUGCUGUGACACCCGCUCAGUCCGGCCAAGCCAGCAGAGGGUGGGAUGUAUGUCCGUUUCUUGGGGAGCGGACGACGCCCUCCCCUCUGCCCGACUUGGCCGGGUCGGGUCUUCGUAGCGCACUCCCCCACCCCACUCUCCUCUCCAUGCCUCUGACCGGAGCGACUUGCUGUUGGUUGUAGCGCCCAGACCUUUGGGAACAGUCUGAUACCGAGGACGAACAGGGCAAACGUCGCCACCUCUUCGAUAAGACCCUAACGAACCCGCGGGUGAACCCACGGGGGAGGGGCAGACACGGUACGAAACUAAAUGUGUUCAAUGCACGGCAGAUCUGCCCGGUCAGUCUAUUGGUCAAACAAAACAGUUUCUCUCCUUUUUAGCCGUUGAUGUAAAAUUUAAUUAUGUACAUUGUGCUUCUUUAAUCUCUUUUAUUCUUAUGAACACGAUUGACCGGGCAGGUCCAGUGCAGAUUUAGCCUUCUUGAAAAUGUAAUUCUUGUACAUUUCGUAUCGUGGGUGGUCCUGAAUGCACCAAGGACGCCUCAUUUUAGUAUUUGUUACUAAAACGUGUUAGUCUGCUUUCGCUUAACGCAUUAUCUGUCCAAAAGCUUUACUGACCCGAUGUUCGCGUUUGUGAAAAAACGUCAAAAGAGUACCAUGAUAUUUGAGAAAGAAAAGAAUUGCUGAGGAAUUAAUCAGGUUCCUCUUCCCCCAAAUAAUGAGAGUUUAUACGGAGGUGAACUUCAAGUGCCCAAGCCGUCAAGGACAAAUGAGUAUCAAAUAUAUUUCCUUGCAUGUUUACCCCAGUAGCAUGGCAUGGGCAUGAUUGCAUGGACUGACCCCUUUUACCGAACUUUUUGGACGCAUCUUCUUUCUUACUCUUCAUCUUUCAAUGCUGUGGCACUCUUUAUUGCUGACCACCUUGCACUCUUCUCUCAUGCCACGACGCUUACCUCUGAUCUUACUAUUUUUGGGGACUUUUUGAGAUUAUAAAAUAUUUUGAACGAUUUUUUGUUCCUCUCGCCUUUAUCCAUUUUUAUUGAAAAAAAAAACACUUUUUUGAAGGCUUUAUCUUCCAACACUAUUAAAAAGUCAGACAGCCCUCCAAAUAAUUUUUCCUGUUCUAAUGUUCUAACUUCCACAAUGUGACAUAAGGCUAAGGUGAGUUGGAGCGCUGGAAAAUAUUACAACCCUAACAAAGACGCGUGGCCAGUAUUCUGCAAGAGAUAUCGAAUAAACGAUGUUUGAGUGUAAGAGAGAAGCCUCCUUAUUUCUCUCUCUUGCACCACUCCGGUGGUUCCGGUGCGCGACUGUGAUCAGUUAGUUUAUGUCGUUAAUGCGCAAAUAAGCACUAAACCGCUUCCGCCUCACGGUACACCCGUGUCGUCCUGCGAUCGAUAGUCAUUUAUAGUUACACAGCAAAGAAUGCCCUACCAUCGCGAGUAACACGUCAAAACUAACUUUAAAUUCGUUGAUAGACCUUCAGAGGGCCCACAUAUUUUAUAAACUAAUUACUACCGUGAUUUUUGACAGCUUUUACGUGUUCCUCUAGAUGGAGAGCGUGUUGUACAGAUAGUUAUGUCCACUGUAUAUAAAUCCAAUGUUUUCCCAGUUAAGUCUACUUGUAAAGUGCUGGUGUCUUCGCAUCGAUACUUGUGUCUCCUACGGAGGAAACCUCUCACUAGAAGGCCUAAAGUACGAUAACGAGAUAUUGUACCGCUUGUAGACUCUACUGUGAUGUAGGUGUCACUUCAUGGAUUGCAUGACAAUGUUUUCACUUUCUGUUCAAACUUUAAUGGUUGGCGCCACUUAACAUUUAAGACGCUUUCUAAUUGAACGCUCGGCUGGUUUGUCCACCUAUUUACCGAAAGUCGCACUAAACUACUAACAUGCUGCACAAGUAAAGUCGAACUAAAACUCGGACAAAUCGAGAUUAUUGCAGAAGACACUUAGUAUUCAUAUCUAUCCUGUGCGCUUUCAAUUUAAACUCUCACAUCUUCUAUGAAAAGCU